AUGCUUUAUCUGCCAAUAAUAGCCUUAGUUGGGGCAGCAUUUGCCCAAGAUCACGGCUCAACUUAUGGAGGUACUGGCCCUUAUAAAUCGUAUUACUUUGAGGUUGAAUCUCUGGUAAACCAUACUUUCUACCAACCUCUUCAAUCUGGGUUUGAGAGCUCGUCUUCACCCUCCUUGAAGCUUCCUGUUGUGGUUUGGGUCGGUUUAAAGUUUAGAGGUUUCCUCGGCGAGGUUGCGUCGUGGGGCGUCCUGGCCAUUGCUACGGGCCCUGCCUUUGUUGACCCAGAAGGCUAUGUCGACCCAAACGAAAAUGCUACGUCCUCGGGCGACACUUUGGUUGGAGAGAACCCUGCGGCCCUGACGGCCGCCAUCGAUUGGGUGUAUGCCAACGCUGGGAAGGGUGACUGGCAGCACAUUGACUCGACUCGCAUCGGCGUUUGGGGUCAAAGCUGUGGUGGUCUCGAGGCCUAUGCUGCUGGAGCUCAAGAUGAUAGAGUUUCCCACCUGGGUAUCUUUAACAGUGGCCAGCUGUCCGCGAAUGCGAGCGAGGAGGUUGCCUCCAACAUCACCAAGCCGGUAUUCUACGUCUUGGGAGGACCCACGGACGUUGCCUACGAAAAUGCAAGUGGUGAACGAGACUAUGCGGAUCUUCCUGCCGAGACACCAAAGUGGAAGGGCAAUCACGCGUUGGGACAUAGUGCAGCCUUUGAUUACCCCAAUGCUGGAAUCGCUGGUGUUGCUGGAAGCCAUCUAGCUCAGUGGGUUCUGCGGGGGAACGAGACUGCCAAAGAAUGGUUUACUGGACCGGGCGCCAAUGAGACGGGAUUCCAGGAUGUGGUGUACGAAAACCUUGACGCUAUCAAGGUGACACCAAUCUGA